AUGUUGCAGAGCCAGUAUACCCACUCAUUUGAAUCUAUUUUACCACUCCUGUCCUUAUCAAAUCUUUCAAAUAUACCCCCUCCAGCUCUGAAGGUUGUAAAACAGAGAAGUGAACUCCUUGGGUCCUAUCUUCUUAACACUGGUGUUGGUGAAGUGAUAAAUGAGGAGGUGCACGGUUCUCAAGCUGAAGCUCUGGUUGUAAGAAGACAGACCCCUCUCCAAUUCCUGGUUAUCGAUCAAACUGCUUCCAUCCUGAUCUGCCACCUGGAAGCACGCCACGAUGCUAGGAUCAGUUCCAGGAGGGAAUGUCGAUGGCAACAGUGCUUUAUCCCAUAG